CAGUUUCCGGUUCCAGGGCGAAGUUGGAGAGGCCCGGCGCUGGAACGGGGCAGUCGGCAGCCGCCGCUGAUUUGAAUGCGGCCGCCGGUCGAGUAGGAGGCAGGACGGCGGCUGGUGGAGGCAGGACUGGGGAAGGCAAGGAAAGGAGUCGUCCCGGUUCGCGCUCGGGCCUUGAGCCGUCACGGGGACUGGCGGGAAGGAGAUGGCGAGGAACACGCUGUCCAACCGGUUCCGCAAAGUCGACAUCGACGAGUACGACGAGAACAAGUUCGUGGACGAGCAGGAGGAGGCGGCCGAGCAGCAGGGCCCCGACUCCGGGGAGGUGGAUGGCUUCAUCAGGCAAGGUGACAUGCUUAGUGCAUUACAUGCAGCUUUAAGGAACCCACCAGUUAACAUGAAGAAUCAAGCAGUCAAGGAACGGGCACAGGGAAUAGUUCUCAAAGUCCUUACGUCCUUUAAAAGUAGUGAAAUAGAACAGGCGGUAAAGUCAUUAGAUAGAAAUGGUGUUGACCUUUUAAUGAAAUACAUUUAUAAAGGCUUUGAAAAACCCACAGAAAACAGCAGUGCGAUAUUAUUGCAGUGGCAUGAAAAGGCUUUAGCAGUGGGUGGAGUAGGCUGCAUAGUACGAGUUCUCACUGCAAGAAAAACUGUUUGAAAAGUAAUACAUUCGCAUGGAUGGAAAGCUGCUGAAAAGUAGGAGGAAGGAACAGCGAAAGACAAAUAUCUGAACCCAUCUUUAAAGAUUAAUUCAUAUUAAAUGAAAUUAUUUUGAAAAAAAACUGUUGGAAUGCUCUUUUUAUCUUAAUAGGUUGUGGUGGAAAAUUUGUUACUAUGUUUUGGCCAAGUAUGACAUGCAAGGUCUUGCACAUCCUAAGUUUUUUUUGACCAUUUUUGCUUUUAUCUUUUGAAAAUGUUUUGAAACCAAAUAGUAACUAAUAAAGACACAUUCACACAAUGGGAAAA